AUGCCUAUAGUAAUUUUACUAAUCAUCUGCUACCCUUCUCUCUUAAAAUUCUUUACUUUAUUGAUGAAAUAGUUAAUCCUUAUUUCUCAAUUAAGGCCAUUGGACAUCAAUGAUAUUGAUCGUAUGAGUACCCUGAGUUUAACAAUCUUGAAAUUACUUUGUUAUAUAAAGGAAUACUCAGAUAAGGAAACUUUUCGUUUAUUGGAAACUGAUAAUCGAGUUAUUUUGCCAUUCAAGAUUUCACUACGAAUUAAAGUAGAUGCAGUUCCAGGUCGAGUCAAUCAACUUAAUCUAUUUUCCAUUCGCCCUGGAAUUUAUUUUGGACAGUGCUCAGAAAUUUGCGGAAUCAAUCACAGAUUCAUACCAAUUUGCUUGAAAGUACAAGUUAUCAUAACUUCAUUAAUUGAGUAA